UUUGCAGUGUAGUACAAACCCCGUUUCCAUAGAAGUUGGGAAAUUGUGUUAGAUGUAAAUAUAAACAGAAUACAAUGAUUUGCAAAUCAUUUUCAAGCCAUAUUCAGUUGAAUAUGCUACAAAGACAACAUAUUUGAUGUUCAAACUCAUAAACUCUUUUUUUGUUGUUGCAAAUAAUCAUUAACUUUAGAAUUUGAUGCCAGCAACACGUGACAAAAAAGUUGGGAAAGGUGGCAAUAAAUACUGAUAAAGUUGAGGAAUGCUCAUCAAACACUUAUUUGGAACAUCCCACCGGUGUGCAGGCUAAUUGGGAACAGGUGGGUGCCAUGAUUGGCUAUAAAAACAGCUUCCCCAAAAAUGCUCAAUCUUUCACAUACAAGGAUGGGGUGAGGGUCACCACUUUGUAAGCAAAUUGUCAAACAGUUUUAGAACAACAUUUCUCAACGAGCUAUUGCAAGGAAUUUAGGGAUUUUACCAUCUAUGCUCUGUAGAAUCAUCAAAAAGUUCAGAGAAUCUGGAGAAAUCACUGCACGUAAGCGAUAUUACAGACCUUUGAUCCCUCAGGCGGUACUGCAUCAAAAACCGACAGUGUGUAACGGAUAUCACCACACGGGCUCAGGAACACUUCAUAAAACCACUGUCAGUAACUACAGUUGCUCGCUACAUCUGUAAGUGCAAGUUAAAACUCUACUAUGAAAAGCCAAAGCCAUUUAUCAACAAUACCGUGAAACGCCACUGGCUUUGCUGGGCCCGAGCUCAUCUAAGAUGGACUGAUGCAAAGUAGUGUUCUGUGGUCUGACGAGUCCACAUUUCAAAUUAUAUCUGGAAACAGAGGACGGGCUGUCCUCCAAAACGAAGACAAAAAUAACCAUUUGGAUUGUUAUAGGCACAAAGUGUAAAAGCCAGCCUGUGUGAUGGUAUGGGGGUGUAUUAGUGCCCAAGGCAUGGGUAACUUACACAUCUGUGAAGGCACCAUUAAUGCUGAAUGGUCCAUAGAGGUUUUGGAGCAACAUAUGUUGUCAUUCAAGUAACGUUACCAUGGACGCCCCUGCUUAUUUCAGCAAGAUAAGUGUUACAACAGCGUGGCUUUGUAAUAAAAGAGUGCGGGUACUUUCCUGGCUUGCCAGCAGUCCAGACCUGUCUCCCAUGGAAAAUGUGUGACGCAUUAUGAAGCGUAAAAUGCGACAGAGGAGACCCCGGACUGUUGAAGGACUGAAGCUCUACAUAAAACAAGAAUGGUAAAUAAUUCCACUUUCAAAGCUUCAACAAUUAGUUUCCUCAGUUCUCAAACGUUUAUUGAGUGUUGUUAAAAGAAAAGGUGAUGUAACACAGUGGUGAACAUGCCCUUUCCCAACUACUUUGGCACGUGUUAAAGCCAUGAAAUUCUAAGUUAAUUAUUAUUUGCAAAAAAAAAAAAGCUUAUGAGUUGAACAUCAAAUAUGUUGUCUUUGUAGCAUAUUCAACUGAAUAUGGGUUGAAAAAGAUUUGCAAAUCAUUGUAUUCUGUUUAUAUUUACAUCUAACACAAUUUCCCAACUCAUAUGGAAACGGGGUUUGUAACCUAAUCAACCUAAUCAUUCCAAAACAUAAAACAAUAACGACGUGGGAAAAAUGAAUGUCAAAAUAAAACGAUUUUGUUACAGUAAGAAAGAGUUAGAGAAAGUAAGAGCAAGGUCAAAAAACUGUGUGGCUCGAUUCCACGUACCUGACAGUCAUGAGCCAUGAUACUUUGUUUCCAUGUCUUAUUACCACACGCAUCCUUCCGCCAUAUAAGCAAUUAAACAGAUACAUAUUCUUCACUGCGCAGUAUAACAUGGUACGUCAUUUAAUUAGUCAGACAAAUGUAAUAAUUACAAAUAAAGCAUACCUUAUAAUAAACCUAAACAUGCAAUAUAUACAUUUUAAAUAGUUCCAUUUAGGCUGAAUAAACAUAAAGCCCCGUCCAUAAAAUGUAAAUGAACUUAAACAGCAUUUAAACUCCUACAAUGUGUUUAUUGUAUGACGUACUUUCUUUAUAUUAAAGUAUAAUAAUAUCAGAUACUUUCAAUAUUUCAUUAUGAGCCAGGUUUUGUUUUGUUUUGUGUUUUGUUCUGCGAGCAGUGGGCGUGUUUGCGCAUGCUCACUCCAGCUUAUCCACGUCACUUCCGGUUAUUGGUUUCAGGAAGUAAGAGGCCAAGAUGAGGUGAAAAGAAGCUUGCUUGAAAGUUUUUCUUUUCAACAACUUUCUACCCGCUCAGCCUCCUUUUAUGUAACCUCUUUUCAACACCUUCUUUUUCAACAACUUUCCACCCGCACAGCCUCCUUCCAUGUUGUGUGGCGUCAUGCCUGGAAGAUGGCGGUCAUGGAGGCGUUCCAACCACAGGUCCCCUCCAGAGCUUCUUGAGGCCCCUCAGGGUCCCGGCAUCCAUGUUUACCUCUUCUGGAGCCCAGAUGGAGAGCGUUAUUUGUCCCAUGUGACAUCAGACAAGGUCAACGCCGAGCAGCUCUGUGUUUUGUCUGCAGAGGCUGUGGGUGUAACUCCGGUCUUCCACGUGCUGUUUGCGCUGUACGAGCCUGUGUCCCGCUGCUGGUACAGUCCCAACCACGUCUUCGACCCAGAGGAGCACUCCCGCCUGGUGCUGCACUACAGGAUGAGGUUUUACUUUCGUAACUGGCACGGACUGAACGACAGCGAGCCGCUUGUGACUCGUUUUGCUGUCGGCGGUGACGCACCUCUGCUUGAAAUCACAUCUGUGGAGUAUUCAUUUGCGCAGGCCAAGUAUGACUUUGUCAAUGAAAUGAUGGAAAUGAAAAAGGUGGAGGGGGAGGAGGAGCGAAGUCGCUUCCACAACGAGUGCCUGGGCAUGGCCGUGCUGCACCUCAUGCACCUGGCGCUGCGGACUGGCCGCACCUUGCGAAGCGUGGCUAAAAAGACCAGCUUUGAAACCUGCAUCCCAAAAUCUUUCGCCAAGCACAUCUCUGAAGACAAACUCUUGACAAAAAUUCGAAUCCGGCGAAUGUUUGGAAGAUUUGUGGUGGCCUACCAGCGCAACAUGCACGGCAGGCAACUGGACGGCAAGGAGAUCAUGUGCAAAUACCUCUGCACUCUGGAGUACUUGGCGCCUCGUUUCGGCAGCGAGACCUUCUCGGCCAGCCUCCGGAGGCUGCAACAGGACGAGGACGCGGACGCGGACAACGAUAACCACGUAGCGGCGUGUGAAAUAAUGGUGUCUGCCACCAGGGGGAUCCAGUGGAGGACACACCAGCAGAAGAUGAGUGAUCAGUGGAAGCACUUCUGUGAUUUCCCUGACAUUGUUCACCUCGCCAUCACUCAGGCUGACGUCUGCAUCAGCACUCAGGACAACAAGUACAUGGAGGUUGAGAUGAGCUCCAGCCCGGAGGCCCGCUCCUUCAUCUCGCUGCUGGAUGGCUACUACCGGCUGACUGCGGACGCCCACCACUAUCUCUGUCAUGACGUGGCGCCCCCCAGGGUGCUGCUGAGUGAAGCUAAUGGCCUGCAUGGACCCAUGCAUGACGACUUUGUGAGACUCAAGUUAAGAAAGGAGGCGCCGGGCGAAGGAGCUUGUCUUGUGCGCUGGAGUCUUCUCUUCUAUGACAGAAUUAUCCUGGCUGUGCUCGACAACAACCAGCUACAAUAUGAAGCACAGAAUAGAUGCACGCCAAGCCACAAGCAGUUCUGUAUCCAGCACAAGGCUUCCACCUUCUCCCUGGACGGCUGGGACCAGGACUUCUCCAGUGUCAAGGAGCUCAUAGACACCCUCAAGAACUUCAUACUAAAAUGUGGCAUGGAGAGCUACGGCGUGAAAAAAUGCUGCCUGCCCCGCCAGGGAGAGUUGUCCAACCUCCUGGUGAAGAGACACAAUGUGGAUCACAGUCCAGAUGUGCGCUCUCAGGCCCCAAAGACGUUAGACCUAUGCAUCCAGAUCAAGUACAAAGAUAUCAUUCAGGGAUGUCAUAUGGGUUAUGGGACCAGAACCAAAAUCUACUCGGGACAGCUGCAAGUCGGGGGAGGAGGAGAAGAGGAGUUAGAGGACGAGGGGAGCGGGGAUGGACGGCAAGUUGUGCGAGUGGUGCUGAAGGUUCUGGAACAGAGCCAUGAAGAAAUCAGAUUUGCUUUCUUUGAAACGGCCAGCUUCUUGAGCCAAAUGUCUCACCGUCACCUGGUCCUCAUGUACGGCCUGUCUGUCAACGGAUCUGAAAACAUCGUGGUUGAGGAGUUUGUGGAAUUUGGUCCCUUGGAUGUUUUCCUUCGCAGAGAGAAAGGCAAAGUGACUCCUGGCUGGAAAUGUAUUGCUGCAAAACAGCUGGCCAGUGCGCUGAAUUAUCUGGCGGCUCAAGGUCGUGUUCAUGGAAACGUUUGUGCCAGGAACAUCCUUGUGGCAAGACCAGGUCUGGAGCAAGGUGCAUCCCCUCUUGUCAAGCUGAGUGACCCAGGAAUUGCCCUCCAUUUGCUUUCCAGAGAAGAGCGACUUGAGCGUAUUCCCUGGAUGGCUCCCGAGUGCGUCGGGGGGGACGUGCCCGUGGGCCCCGGGGCCGACCAGUGGGGCUUCGGGGUGACCCUGAUGGAGAUCUUCAACGACGGCGAUCUUCCCCUCAGCGGUGACACGCGGCGUGAGGAGGAGUUCUACCUGCAGCCGGGGUGGUCCUUACCCUCCUCCCCCCAGCUGGCGGGCUUCAUCAGCAAAUGUCUGAGCCGGCAACCCUCAGACAGACCUUCCUUCUGCUCUCUGCUCAGAGACCUCAUGGACAUCAUCAACACCAACCCUGAUAUAUCCCCCAGUGGACCCCCCUCCAAGGCCCAAGACACCUUCUUCCAAAAACGUUUCCUGAAAUUCAAAAGGGAGUUAGGAAAGGGUAAUUUUGGAAAGGUGAGCCUGUACAUGUACGACCCGGCCAACGACGGGCAAGGUGAGCUGCUGGCCGUCAAGGCUUUAAAGCAGGAGAACGCUCACCUGUCCAAGGGCUGGCUGAAGGAGAUCGACAUCCUCAAGUCGCUCGAUCACCAAAACAUUGUCAAGUACAGAGGACGGACAGAAAUAGGAGGACGAGCGCUGCACCUAAUCAUGGAGUACCUGACUCUGGGUAGUCUGGAUAAGUUCCUCCAGAAGGGCGAACACAGCACAUCUCAGUGCGUGCUCUUUGCCAAGCAGAUCUGCCAGGGGAUGGAGUACUUGCACUCGCAGCGAUACAUCCAUCGGGACCUCGCCGCCCGCAAUAUUCUAGUCGAGAGCAACACUUUGGUAAAGAUCGGAGACUUUGGCCUCUCCAAGUACAUCUCUGAGGACGACACCUACUACCGCGUGCGCGAGGGUGGUGAUAGUCCUGUCUUCUGGUAUGCGCUGGAGUGCCUGAGAGAGAGCAGGUUCUCCUUUGCCUCCGACGUUUGGUCUUUUGGUGUGACGCUCUAUGAGAUUCUAACCCGCUGUGACCCCAACCAGAGCCCCCCGGUGACAUUCCGUAAGAUGUCAGGGCUGGCCCCUGAGCAGAUGACGGAGAUGGUGCUCAUAGGUGUGUUAGAGCGACGGCGGCGCUUGCCUUGUCCCAAACUUUGCCUGCCUGAGCUGCAGACGCUCAUGGCUCAGUGUUGGCAUGAAGAAGCUGCACAACGGCCAUCCUUCAAGUUCCUCUUUGAGAAGCUGGAGAAUGUCCGCCUCCAGUCAAACGUCUGCUUCUCUCUGGAUGCCAUCAGCGCUGCAGAUCCACUUGUCUGAAGAACACCAAGGAAGGUUCUGCAAGGCUGGCAGAGUGACUUUGUGCCUAACCCAAUGUCAAUCUCCAUGGCAACAUGUGGGUGUGGCCUUUGCAUGUUCUCCCGUGCUGGCAUGGCAACAUGCGUGUUUAGCUAGUGGGAAUGCUUCUUCUUCUCUGGUGUAACAAUUAGCCUGCCUAGCACCACCAAAUAUAUAAAAUAUGUACAUAUGGGCUGUACAGUAUACUGGUAUAAGUAUAGUACUGUGAUACUAAUGAAUCAUUAGUAUCACACCCACUGCGCCCGUGUCGAAGUCACAUGGUGACAUUGCUGCUUUUACCAGCAGAGGAGCAUGUUGGGCAGCGCACACACACAGAGUACUCCCAAGCAGACACAGGGUGUAGACAGAAAAGGGAGAAUGGACGCAGAUAAAGGUGAAGUUCUAACACUGAAACACCCUCAGGAAGAGCUGCUUUAACACAUGCAGCUAACAUCCAUCCACAGUGUUUUAACUACUUCUAAAUCACUAAUCCUGGUCUCCAUGGUGACAAAUAAAGUAAGUAACCUUGGAAGGGACUACGCUUACUAGUGUGAGAGUCCGGCUGUGUCAGCAAUUGAUCCAUCCCAAGUCCUGCAGAAACUGAUGCGUGGUCACCUGACAAUCUCUCCACGCAGCAGAAGGGAGCGGAGCAGAAAAGAGAGACGGCAGAUCAACUGGUUUAAAGUGUUCUAUUUAAAGGCUAGAGUAUAUAAAUGAGUUUUAAAGUGGGACUUAAAUGCUAUGCUACUGCUGCAUGUUGCCCACAUACCAAUGUGCUAUGCAUCCACAACAAAAACAAAACUGAAAAAAGUAUCGUCAUUGUUCCUGAAGACAUGCACCUGGGGAUAGGCCCCGCCCAUCUCCAAAUACAUGCACCUGGAGAUAGGCCCCUCCUACCUCCAAAGACAUGCACCUGGGGAUAGGCCCCUCCCACCUCCAAAUACAUGCACCUGGAGAUAGGCCCCUCCUACCUCCAAAGACAUGCACCUGGGGAUAGGCCCCGCCCAUCUCCAAAUACAUGCACCUGGAGAUAGGCCCCUCUUACCUCCAAAGACAUGCACCUGAGGCUAGGCCCCUCCCACUUCCAAAGACAUGCACCUGGGGAUAGGUUGAUUGGCAACAUUAAAUAGUCCCUAGUGUGUGAAUGUUGUCUAUCUGUGAUGAGGUGGCCACUUGUCCAGGGUGUACGCCGCCUUCCGCCCAAAUGCUUAGAUAGGCCCUAGCACCCCCCAUGACCCCGAAAGGGACAAGCGGUUAAAAAAAAGGAUGGAUGGUUGUAAAUAUUUUUUAACGAGCCCAAAGUACUUUUUGUGUCUGCAAGUGAUGCCUUCAAGAAUACGGGAAGAAGAUCAGCAAAGUGUUUACACCAAUUAGGUUGUUUCAUAUUGUACAUUUUAAAGCGUGGAUUUUUGUAUCUACCGUAAAGUACUUUCUUAAUUUAAUAAAAUAGUUUUCCACAUUU